ACGUCUUCCACAUUUCAUGAUUUUGUUUUGGUGUACAAAAAUGGAAGAGAUGAAAAAGACGCAAUAGCUAUCUUCAGCCUAAACUUUCUGGAAUUUUUCAUCAUUAGCAACCUGAAAUCAUAUUAAUUUGUAAAUAAGCAAAACUAUAAAUAUUAUCAAAGAUGGAGGAGAUGUCACCUGAUAAUAUACAUGGAGUCAUUUUAGCUGUGUCUUCGAGUAUAUUCAUCGGCUCUAGCUUCAUCAUCAAGAAAAAAGGUCUUAAGAAGGCCGGUGUUAGCGGCGCCAGAGCAGGUGAAGGAGGUUAUGGAUACUUGUAUGAACCAUGGUGGUGGGCUGGGAUGAUAACUAUGAUUGUUGGGGAGAUAGCCAAUUUUGCAGCUUAUGCAUUUGCACCGGCUAUUCUAGUGACACCUUUGGGAGCUCUAAGUAUUAUUUUCAGCGCAGUGCUAGCACAUUUUAUUUUGGAAGAGAAGUUGCAUAUGUUUGGUAUACUUGGUUGUGUCCUCUGUGUUGUUGGAUCUACAACGAUUGUUUUACAUGCUCCUCACGAGCAAGACAUUGAAUCAGUCAAGCAAGUAUGGCACCUUGCUACCGAACCAGGUUUCCUUGCGUAUUCUGCUGUGGUUUUGGUUGUGGUGCUUGCAUUGAUCUUCUACUACGAGCCGCGUUAUGGGAAGACACAUAUGAUAGUAUAUGUUGGGAUUUGCUCUUUAAUGGGCUCUCUUACUGUUAUGAGUGUUAAAGCUGUGGCGAUCGCCAUAAAGCUGACUUUUUCCGGGAUGAAUCAGUUCAAGUACUUCCACGCAUGGAUCUUUAUCAUAGUAGUGACCAUAUGUUGCAUUUUGCAAAUCAACUACUUGAACAAGGCUCUGGAUAAUUUUAACACAGCGGUCAUAUCUCCAGUUUACUACGUUAUGUUUACAACAUUCACCAUCUUAGCUAGUAUGAUCAUGUUCAAGGACUGGGCUUCUCAAAGCGGAUUGCAAAUUGCGACCGAGCUAUGUGGUUUUGUGACCAUUUUGUCAGGAACCUUUCUUCUCCAUAAGACAAAGGACAUGGGAAACAGUGCCAGCUUACGUGGCUCCACAUCACACUCGCCUAGAGACACUCCUGUUUUCAUAAACUCAGGUUCCAGUCGCAGUUCCAAUUCCACUAGGCCUGCAAUUUUGUAAUCCCACGGCUCCGAUGGAAAGCGGAUUUUGGAAACUUUACAAGGAAGAUAACCUUUUUGUGCCUUUGUUAUAAGAACUGUCACUGGUUUAGUGCACCUUCUUUCUCAAUCGUUAGAACCUUUCAUGCCAUUAUUUUCUCGUGAGGUUGGUUUGAUUACUUUUUUUUUAAUAACAUUGAUUCUGAUUA